AAAUAUAUCAAAAACCCAAGAAAAAUGAGGAGAAAAGAACUGCGAGGAGAAACUUCUCUCUUUUUCGUCUCUGUGUUCGAAAGACCGACUCUCAGACCCAUAAACCCUAACCGCAUUGAAUCGAUUCUCAAACCGUGUCCGAUCUUCCAUCGAUGGCUUCUUGACGGGGAACUUCUGUCGUGAUUGUUGUGCGGAGAAGUGAUUGGAUCAUAUGAAGUGGUUACUACGUGUACUGAGCGUUGAUUCAAAUGUCCUGUUCUUGCAUUUUGUUGUUUGUGAAGAAGUUUUUGGCAGAUUGACCGAGGUGAAUAGGAAGAAACUGAACUAUUUGACUGGGAUUAUUGUCAUUGUGCUCUCUUGGACCUGCAAAUUUACUGGAGGAAAAGGGCUAUUAUGGCGGAAGGAGAGGAUCGUAUUGAACUUAAGUUCCGAAUCUAUGAUGGAACAGAUAUAGGUCAUAGCAACUAUGAAUCAUCUACUACUGUUGCCAGUAUUAAGCAAAGGCUUGUUGCUGAGUGGCCUCAAGAUAAAUCAGUCAUACCUAAGUCUGUAAGCGAUGUGAAACUUAUUCAUGCUGGACAAGUUUUGGAAAAUAGCAAAACACUCGCCGAGUCCAGAGUUCAUUUUGGUGACCUUCCUGGUGGGGUUAUUACCAUGCAUGUGGUGGUGCAGCCUCCUGCAGCUAAAAAGAAGACGGAUAAGAACCAAGAAGAGAAGGUGAAGCAGAAUUCGUGCUUGUGCUCCAUCCUUUAAUCUGGGAAGCAUGCUCUGUAGCUAUUUUGCACAGGAUCACCGAUUUACAAUUUUUACCUACCUCAUGAUGUUAGUGUAAUGUAAUAGCGUCUAUGAUUAAGCGGGUUGCCUUCAUUUCAUGUAAUUGCUUCUAUUGUUCAUGUUAUAAUCAUUUUUCCCCUAGUGAAAUUAGAAUAUCUAGAAUGAACUGUGCCCUUCCUUUUUACUGUGUUAGAUUUCUGUGUGGUUGUAUGCGUGUGUGUGUGUGUGUGUGAUAGAGAGAGAGAGAGAGAGAGAGAGUUGUUCAUGUUGUAAUCAUUUUACCACAAGUGAAACUAGAAUAUAUACAAUGGUCUAUACCCUUCCUUUUUA